AUGUCACGCAUACCCGAACAACCACGGCUCACGCCGCAGUUCUGCUUCAACCAAACACAACUUCGAGACUUCCUCCGUAUCUCUCGUGGCACCGUCGACGACACCAUCUCCCAAAACCUAAACGCUCUGGUAACACCCGGCACAUCCAGGCCCUUCGACCCAUCAUCUACUGCCGAACGAGCACCACGGCCUGUGCACAAGCGACCAAUUGAGCCCGCAGCAUGCGAACAGUUCAAGAACCGAGUCCUGUUUCCAUCGUGGCAAAGUAGAAGUGAUGUGCUCAACUACUGCGCCGGUGUUGCGACCAGUCCGGAUCCAGACGAUCCGGACCAUGUACUACGAGAGGUGGAAGAUAUGCGGGCGCGGGAGCGAAUGGUGAACGAGCGGUUGGAUCCUUACAGCGGGCGGUACUUCCCGCGAGAGGCGCGAACGGAGGCACUGGCGAGCUUGAUCAGGAAUGAGAGGAUGGUGGAAAGCAUCAUAAGAUCAAGGACGUGGGGCUUAGUGGGUGAGCGGUGCGACAAUGGGGGCACGGAUUAUGACGCAGCGCUGAAUGAGUGGCGAAAAACUGAGGGUGAGCGAUGA